AUGACUAAGGGUGUUCAAAAGAACCAAUUGGAAUCAGAACCGGCGGAUGCCCAGAGUUUGGUACAGUUGUUUAAUUUCUGCCAUAGGAGACUGAAUGCGCGCUGUUUAAUUUCUGCCAUAGGAGAUCUGAAUGCGUGCUGUAGUCAACUUGAAGGUGGGACUGUUGAUAGUUGGAAUUGCAUUGCGAGAGUCGAGCUUUACCGAUUCUACAAUUCUUCAAGUCUAUCAUUAACAUACCCUACUUCUUCCAAAGCUGUUGGAAAAAGGAAGACUGGGAUGCUUGUUGCUGUUACAUGCAUACCAUUUGUGCUAAUUGUGUCUUGCGUUGUCUACCGGAAGAGGAAAAAAGCAACACAAAAAGAUGAGGAAAAAAGCCUGCAGACCUUGCGGCAUGAAUUGGCAAGAGUAACAUCACUCAUGCUUACACAAGAAUGCGAUAUAAUAAGUUCUGAAACAUCCUCCUUCAUGUAUCAGCUGGCUACAAUAAAGGCAGCUACAAAUGAUUUUUCUGAUUCAAAUCAGCUCGGAAAAGGUGGAUUUGGCAGUGUCUACAAGGGUGUUUUACCAUAUGGGAAGGAAGUGGCAGUUAAAAGGCUGUCAGGGAGUUCACGACAAGGUUUAGAAAAGUUCAAGAAUGAAAUCUUUCUGAUUGCCAAGCUUCAACACAGAAACCUUGUAAGACUACUGGGAUGUAGCAUAGAGGUUGAGGAAAAGCUUCUUAUAUACGAAUUCAUGCCCAACAAAAGCCUAGAUGUCUUAAUCUGUGAUUCUGAAAGACGACUAGGAAUUGAUUGGAAGACGUGCUAUAAUAUUGUCAAUGGAAUUGCCAGAGGACUACUAUAGCUUCAUGAAGAUCGCCUUAAAAUCAUUCACCGGCAUCUAAAGCCAAGCAAUGUAUUAUUGGACGAAGAGAUGGUAGCCAAAAUUUCAGAUUUUGGCAUGGCAAGGAGUUUUUAUGAAAAUUAGAAAGCCGCUAACACCAAGCGAGUAGUUGGAACAUUUGGAUACAUGGAUCCAGAGUAUGCAAUGAAGGCAUUAUUCUCUGGGAAAUCCGAUGUUUUUAGCUUUGGUGUUAUACUACCUGAGAUCAUAAAUGGAAAAAGAAACACUGGAUUCCAUCUUACAGGAAAAGCUCUCACACUCUUGGCAUUUGCAUGGAAACUGUGGAAUGAAGGAAAAGAAAUGGAAUUUGCAGACUCUGAUUUGAUGGAAUCAGGUUCGAUAUCAGAAGUAAAGAGAUGCAUACAUAUUGGACUACUGUGCGUGCAGGAAGAUGUAGAAAACAGACCCACAAUGUCAAAUGUAGUUGCUCUUUUAAGAAGUGAAUCGAUGGCUCUUCCUCAACCGAGACAACCUCCAAUUUCUCUGGGCAGAAUUUUUCCCGAUCAUCAUCACCCUUCAACAAUACAUCCUUCCCUAAAUCACAUCUCAAUUUCCAGUAUAUCACCACGCUGA